CAUCAGUACACGUUUGCACUGGCGGAUUUCGAAGCAUUCAACCCUGUGAGCUACCUGUCCUCCAUGUCACUGUGCUAUCCGUCCAUGGAAUUCAAUGCUUUGCUACGAUUCUCGCUGCUGCGUGAAAGCAGACACAUCAUCUUUCACAUUGAAAUCUAGCUGAAAGUUUUGCUCAUACCCGUCAACAAUGGCUGCUGCAAUUUGUCUCUUGCCAAUUCUGUCUCUGUAUAAAUAAACCUUACUCUCACUCGAGUUUCCAUAAACCACUAGGCACUUUGCACAGGAACAAGUCAUCAGUAACAAUGGCGUUCACACGCGGGAGGCCGUCGCUAGCCGUAUCCGCGGCGGCGCUUCUCUCUGUCGUGCUCAUCAGCUUCCUCGCCGGUCCGGCGUCGGCGCAGGGGAAGACCGGUCAGGUGACGGUGUUCUGGGGCCGGCACAGGGACGAGGGCUCCCUCCGCGAGGCCUGCGACUCCGGCCUCUACAGCAUGGUCAUCAUGUCCUUCCUCGACGUCUACGGCGGCAACGGCAACUACCACCUCGAUCUCUCCGGCCACUCGCUCGCCGGCAUGGGCGCCGCCAUCAAGCGGUGCCAGUUCCUCGGCGUCCCCGUCUCCAUCUCCAUCGGCGGCUUCGGCGGCGCCUACUCGCUCCCCACCAACCAAUCGGCGCUCGCCCUCUUCGACCACCUCUGGAACACCUACUUCGGCGGCAGCCUCAACGACACGCGCCGCCCCUUCGGCAACGCCUGGCUCGACGGCGUCGACAUGUUCCUGGAGCACGGCGGCGCCGCCGAGCGGUACAGCACCCUCGCACUCGAGCUGGCGAAGCACAACAUCCGCGCCGGCGACGGGAAGCUCCUGCACCUGACGGCGACGGCGCACUGCCGGUUCCCCGACGACCGCGUGAAGGAGGCGCUCGACACGGGCAUCUUCGAGCGCAUCCACGUCAGGUUCUACGACGACACGGACUGCGCCGCCGGGUUCAGCGCCGCCGAGUGGGCGAAGUGGGCGGCGGCGUACCCGUUCACCAAGAUCUACGUCGGCGUGCCGGCGUCGCUGCAGGCGGCUAAGACGGGGUACACGGACCCGGCGGCGCUGCGCAGGGCGGUGCUCCCGGUGGCGCAGAAGGCGAGCAACUACGGCGGCGUGAUGAUCUGGGACAGGUACUUCGACAAGCGAAGCAACUACAGCGGCAGCAUCAAGAGCUGGGUUUGAGACCCACUUGGCGCCACUCUAGAUUUUUUCUGUCAUUGUUUAUGCAAGUUCUGUUUAACAACUCUAUUUUGUUCUUACAUGAGUGCAAUAGAAAUGUUAUUUCAGUCAUUGUUUUAUUAAUAAAGCUUCCCUUAUCAAAAAGUAAA